CCCUCAGGAAAUCUUUCUGACUCAGAAAUUGAUUGGGCGAGUCCAACAAAAAUCCAGUUUCCCCAUGCUAAAAGCCUCUUGCCUCUUUCUGAUCCCUCUCUCUUCUCUUUCUCCAUCAAUGGCCAUUGCAGCUGUUCCUUCAUUCUCCCUUGGUCUUUCCUAUUGUCAUAGUUGUCAAGGAGAAGGGUUUUGCUGUUCGACAUCAUGCAGAGCCAUUAGCUGUUGGAACAGGUCUUUUGAUGGUCGAUUGGUUCCCAAUCUCACUGGUGCAAGGAAACAAAUUUUUGGAUCAACACAAUUCCAAUGGUUGCCUGCAGGACGUGAUUAUUGCCUUUCAAAAGUUCAGGUUGCUGCAGAUUAUUCAGAUUCAGUUCCGGAUUCAUCUAAGUAUAUGGGAAAUCAAGGCUACCAUCCUCUUGAGGAAUUGAAGGAGAGCAAAAGAAUCCAAGAAAAAAGAUUGACUGCUGCUGAAGUUGCUAGGACAACUGUCGAGGCCAACGGCAGUGCUUUGUUGUUAUUGCCUGGGAUAGUACAUUCUGAGCCACAUGACCACAUCUCAUGGGCUGAAUUUCAGUAUAUCAUCGAUGAUUUUGGAGAUAUAUUUUUUCAAAUUUUCGAUGAUCAAAAUAUCUUGCAAGAUCCUGGAGCAAGUAAUCCUGUGAAUGCUUUGAUUGGAAUGGACCUCUCACUAUACAAGAACAGAAGGGUAGCUGGCGAAUAUAACAUCUCAGAAAGUGGCAGUACUGACGACAUCUCUUUGGAUGAUGAUUACUUUGAGGUUGAGGAUUCUGAAAUGUCAGACAUUCCGGUCGAUUGGGGAAUUCCAGAUACUUCCAGCUUGGUUCAUCCUAUUUAUUUCGCCAAGUGCUUGACAAAGGCUGUUAACAUGGAACACAAUAAAGAAAUGGACCAUCCAUCAAAUGGUAUUUCUAUUGUGGGAUGCCUGAGGCCUGCUUUCAUUGAUGAAGAACCAUACUUAAGAAGGCUCUUUAGCUGUGAAGACAGUGAUGGCUACACAUCAGACUGGAAAGAUGAAGAAAUUACAGGCUUUAGUUCAAAAGGGGAUGGACACAAUGCUAGAUCAACUUUCUACAGAUUGGAGAUUAUGAGAAUUGAGCUGUUUUCUGUGUAUGGCAUUCAGUCAGUUAUUAGCUUGCAAGAUUUUCAAGAUGCUGAGCCUGAUGUUCUUGUACACUCUACUUCAGCAAUUGUAGAGCACUUUACUGAGAAUGGGACAUGGUUCAAUGUUGCUCUUAAAGCUCUCUGCAAAAAGAAGGGUUUUCAUGUUGAGGGAGCUAAUUUGAUUGGGGUUGACAGCCUUGGCAUGGAUGUAAGAGUUUUCACUGGAGUGGAAAUACAAACACAUCGUUUUUCCUUCAAAGUUCGGGCUACGUCUGCAGCUGCCGCUGAAAAGCAGAUCCAGCAGCUCCUCUUCCCACCAUCUCGUCGAAAAAAAGUUCAGAAUUCAUGGCGACGGAGUUAGGGAGCUGGAUUCUCUUAAUACUCCUGUUAGCCAGAUAACUAUACCAGAGGGAAUGACUUCUGAAAAUAAAUUUCAGGCUUAACUUUUCUCAUUUGUUUCUUCCCUUCAGCAUCUGAUCAAACCAAAGAACUGGGAGCUCUAUACUCAUUUUUGUACAUUAGUUCGAUCAUGUACAGAAAAAGCAGUGAGGUGUCUGAAGAAUUAUACCAUAAAUUCAGGUGAUCCUGAAGCAAUGUAGUGGCCAAUUUGCAGUUUUGGAUCUCAGCUAAGCUAGCAUGCAACAGAACUAUUACUCAUUGUAGCUGUAAAGAUGAUAAGAGUGGUUCUCUGCCAGGGGAAGCAUCACAUUUAUAUAUUUCAUUUCAUAAAUGGCUUUCAUUUUGGUGGAGAAUUUUGUAAUAAAAUAGAGGAGGAACCUCGAAAAAUAAUUAAAAUUUCA